AUAUUUUCUGUUUCCUUCUCGGCUUCCCUCUCUCUCUCUCUCUCUCUCUCUCUCUUUAUUUUUCUACUCAACCUGGGAAUCUGUUGCAGCAAACCUAAGCUUUGGGAAAUAUCUGAGUCUCCUCUGGUGCAUGUAGAAAAUUGAAGAACUGCCGCAAGUAAAAGCUCAUUCUGUUUUGCACGGUGAAUAAGUCCAGUUAUGGAUCCAUACAGCCUGAAAUCUGUCUCCGACCUACCACCACCUUUCAGGCCGACUUUUAACUUCAGAUAUUUCAACUCUUUGCAGAGUGAGUGUUUUCCUCUGUGUUAUCUCUCAGAUACAAAUGCUACUAUAUCCGCACCAACUGGGAGUGGUAAAACUGUACUGUUUGAGCUGUGCAUCUUGAGAGUUCUCUCCAGGUUUCUAACAGAAGAAGGAAAAUUCAACCAAAUGAAAGGAACUUUUAAAACCGUCUAUGUAGCUCCAUCUAAAGCCUUAGUACAAGAGAAGCUCCGAGAUUGGAACCAGAAAUUUGGUUCUCUGGGAAUCAGUUGCUUGGAGCUGACAGGAGACAAUGAAUCAUAUAAUGUUCGACAUCUACAAGAAGCUGACAUUAUAUUAACCACGCCAGAGAAAUUUGAUGCUGUUACCCGGCAACGUAUAUGGGAUGGUGGACUCGGGUUCUUUGGGGAUAUUUCUCUUCUACUUAUUGAUGAAGUUCACCUUCUAAGUGAUACACGGGGAGCAGUUCUGGAAGCUAUAGUUAGCAGGAUAAAGAUGCUUGCUCGCAACCCCAAAAUGAGUUCAAGCCCCCUCGCUCAUGUACGUAUGGUUGCAGUUUCUGCUACAAUUCCAAACAUUGAAGACCUUGCUGAAUGGCUGAUGGUUCCUGCAGAAGGAGUGAGAAGGUUUGGAGAAGAAAUGAGGCCUGUAAAGCUGACAACCAAGGUCUUUGGUUAUGCUCCUGCGAAGAAUGACUUUUUAUUUGAGCAGCGCCUUCAGAACUUCAUUUUUGAUAUUCUCAUGCAAUAUUCUAGAGGCAGAUCUGCACUUGUUUUCUGUUCUACUAGAAAAGGAGCACAAGGAGCUGCACAACGUAUCUGUCAGUCUGCAAUUGCCCUUGGUUAUUCGAACCCCUUCAUUAAGUCCCACGAACAGCGGGAGAGGUUGAAGUCUGCUGCACUGUCAUUUAGCGACAAGAACAUGCAAACAUGUAUUCCCUAUGGUGUUGGUUAUCACAACGGUGGACUUUGCCAGAAAGAUCGCAGUCUGGUUGAGGGUCUUUUUCUCAAUGGUGAUCUUCAAAUCCUGUGCACGACAAACACCCUUGCACAUGGAAUCAACCUACCGGCUCAUACAGUUGUGAUCAAAUCAACUCAGUACUUCAACAAGGAAAAGGGUCUGUAUACGGAAUACGACCGGUCCACUGUACUUCAGAUGUGCGGAAGAGCUGGACGGCCACCAUUUGAUGAUACUGGCAUGGUUAUCAUCAUGACAAGGAGGGAAACGGUGCACUUAUAUGAAAAUCUUUUAAAUGGCUGUGAGAUGGUGGAAUCCCAAUUGCUUUCUUGCAUGACGGAGCAUCUAAAUGCAGAAAUAGUGCAGCUAACCGUGUCUGACAUAAGCUUGGCAAUAGAGUGGCUGAAGUGCUCAUAUUUAUAUGUGCGGUUAAAGAAGAACCCCGACCAUUAUGGAGUUAAAAAAGGGAUUCAUUUUGAACAAUUAGAAAAGCAUAUGAAAGAUUUGUGUGUACAGCAGGUCAACGAGUUAUCAAAAUAUGGUCUGGUAUGGACGGAUGAAUAUGGAUUCCUUCUGAAACCGUUAGAGCCUGGAAAAUUGAUGGCAAAAUAUUAUUUGAAGUUUGGUACCAUGAAACAAGUUCUGCUGACUUCUGGAAAAUGCAGUUUGGAAGAAUUACUUCAUGUGAUUUGCCGUUCAGAAGAGACUAGCUGGAUACAGCUGCGACGUAAUGAGAAGAAACUGUUAAAUGAUAUAAACUCCGAUAAAGAUGGUCGCCUCAGAUAUCAUAUCCUUAGUGCAAACGCAAAAAGGAAGAAACGCGUUCAAUCAAGGGAGGAGAAGAUAUUUGUUUUGAUAAAUGACUGCCUGACUGGUGAUCCAAUGAUUCAUGACUUGUCCCUGAAUCAGGAUGUCAAUGCAAUUUGCUCAAGUGGAACCAGAGUGGCCAAGUGCAUGAAAGAGUGCUUCAUUUUCAGGAAAGAAUACAAAGGAGCUUUGCAUGCCAGUAUUCUUGCAAAAUGCCUACACCAUAGACUGUGGGAUGACAGUCAGUACUUGCUGAAACAACUGGUUGGCAUUGGCCUGGUUACUGCCAAGGCACUGCAUUCAGUGGGUGUCCAUUCUUUUGACACAUUGGAAAGUGCAGACCCGAGGAGAAUAGAAAUAAUUACUGGCAGAAAGUACCCUUUCGGGAACCAGAUCAAGGAAUCCCUGCUAUCAAUUCCCCCGAAGGUUGAUGUGAAAAUGGAGGAAGUUGAAACAAGAAGGCAAGGAGAUGCCAAAUUGCACAUCACAUUGACAAGGAUAUCAUCAUUCAGCCCCUCACCAGCAAGGCCUUGUGGAGACCUGGUUGUAGGUUCAGAAGAAGAUAAUCAGAUCGUUUACCAUGAAAAAAUAAGAUUAAAUGAAUAUUCGAGUCCAUAUACAGUAACCAUCUUCAUCACUUCACCCCAGAAUAAUAAACUGACUGUGAGUGCUCAUCUUAUCUCCGAAGAAUACGUUGGUCGUGAUAUCCAUGAGAAACUUGUGCUAGCAAGAAGCAAAGGAUCAAGUUUGAACCAGGAGAAAGCCAAGAGGGAUCUACCUUCGGCUUAUUCAUUACCUGAAGAGAUUUAUGUGGUGGAAGAUGACGCCGAAAGGAAUUGUCAGCCCCCAGCAGAAGGAACAGAUGUGACGGAUCAACUAAAUAAUGCCUUCUCUUCCAUACCAAGCUUCGAGCUCUUACAGGCUGAUGAAGAAGUCGAAAGUGUCCUGACUGACACAAACGAAGAUGCUGCCGUUGUCGAAAUCAACAAGCCUGUAGGUGAAAGCCUUAACAAUGACAGAAUUUUCGAACAUAUCCGUAAAAAGGCCAAAACUUUCCUGCCCUUUGAAACAUUCAUGACCAUGAACAGAGAACGACAUCCAGAGCAGCAAUUUGGAGCUUGCUACAUGAAUCAGAUCAUUGGGAUACCAAAUGCAGGCGAAAACGAUAGAGAAACCAUCAUUCUAUUGGAUUCCGACUCCAGCUCGGCUGAAGAUUUGAGUUGUGUUCUUUCUGACGACAUUAAUAACACGGUUGAAAGCAUUUACAAUUGGAGAGACGUUUCCUCAUUCAAUCAGCAAAGCAACUCUGACGAUGCGGGUAGAGGACGAGCCAUAAGUCCUCAAAGGGCUCAUGGUUGUCUUGGUCAGCCGGUCAAGGAGAACAAAGAGUUGAUCGAGUUCUCCAGCAAGAGCAGCCGUCAAGUGCCGGAGAGAGCAUUUCCGGCGGAGGAAAACUCAGAGAAUUGCGUGGAGCAGGAGAAGCUUGAAGGUUCAACCAGAGAUGUCGAGAUUCUGGAAGUGAAGGAUGUUACCGAGGCGCGAGUCGAGCAGCCGUGCUCCGGCUCUGCUGGCUCGGCUUUUGAUGUGAGUUUCCUUGGUUGUCGGAGCAUCUUCUCAUUUCUUUGAGAGUCAGCUUCUUGGGGCGCCGCACCGUCCAGCCGAGUAGGACCUCUUUCCGAUGGUAAGUCUCUUUCUUCUUUCUUAACAACGUUAAGUACACUUGUGGUAAAAGAUGUGGUUGAAGUUGAACCGUUUCCGACUCUUUUGAGAGAGAAAAGAUGUCAACGGUCGGUGAACGUGGGAAUGAAGUAGUGCUUGACUUUGUCCAACAAUGCUAAACAAGAGGGACACAAGCAACCGUAUAUGAGUCGUUUGUGACUUUGUGUUUGAAAAAUUUCCAAGAUGAUUGCAUCGGAAAAAUUUUCAAGCUGGUUUAUUUCUGUUCCCACCAUGCGGUUGGAACAGUACGGUGGACUCUUCUACCAUUCACGGAACUCCGCUUUACCGAUGCGGUUGGUAUGCAUGAGCAAUUCAUAAGUGGCUGGGCCACAAUGGAUUUGCUUACUUUACAGAUCUCUCUGCUGGCGAAGCCGCUUUUCUGGUUCGAGUGGAAAAUGCUCAUAUUGGCAUUCUGUCUAUCUUUUGGCCCCACUGCGUAGAAAGUAUAAAGGGGUCAGACUUUGUUCAUUGAUCAAAUUGAAUACACAAAAAGUCAUAUUAACA